AUGUUGUACAUUUUGUACUAUUUCUUUUGAAAGUUACAUUAGAUAUUUAUGUAUAGCAUAAUAGGAUCAGUAGCGGUGAAUUAGUGAAGUCUUUGAGAGUCAAUGUAUUCGACGAUGACGGAGUGAAACAUAAAUGUUUAUCAGUGGUUGUGAUAAAUGUCCGCACUCUGCAGUACGACUGCGUCCGCCCAUUAACCUUGAAAUUAAAAAACGCUGCGUCACACCAAAAACUUUAAAAUCAGCUGUUCGGUUACGUACUAGUACGUCGUACGGCUCUGCUUUUUCUUGAGUGACCGGUUUUCAUAACUUUGCAAUAGUUUCUUUAAAGUGCGUACAUUUUUGAAAAGCGUCUUUUGGGACUUGUCUAUCGGAUUUCGGAUUUUCUUACGGCAGUGGCACGAUGCUGCUGUAUUUGGGAAUCAUCGCUGCUGGUCUUCUCGCCUACCUGUUGCGCAAGUGGUUCUACUGCAUCUGGGCGCGCUAUGUUGUUAAAUCGAUCCCCGGUGGUCCCUUUCCCUUGCCCAUUGUGGGAAAUAUUCUCGAGAUCGACGGCAAAGCACCGUUCGAGUCCAUGGAAAAAUGGGCCCAUCAGUACGGGAAACUUUUCACGAUGAUGAUGGGCAGCGAGGUGGUUUUGGCCAUUGCGGAUUUGGAUCUGCUGAAGAAGGCUUUCAAGGAUGAUCGCUUUUCCGGCAGGCCGGAGAAUUUCUUUUUUGAUAUCUGGAGAAGCAUGGGGUAUCCCUUAGGCUUCGCGGGGUUGGAUGGCGAUGUCUGGAAGGAACAUCGUCGAUUUUCCAUCCAUGCUCUAAAAGAUUUUGGAUUUGGAAAAUCUGCAGCGGAAGAGCAGAUCCAAAAGGAGGCUGGCGAACUAUUGAAAACACUCUUGGACAGCGGUGGGCAGCCGAUGGAUAAUCAUAUACCCUUUUCAACAGCGACCUCCAAUGUGACAGCUAUUAUGAUGUUCGGCACUUCCUUCAGUUCUCAAGACAGCCGCUUCAACUACUUCAUCGAAGCGGAAUCGCAAAACUUUAAAGACUUCGCCAAUAUGUCGGUACUGGACAUGAUCCCCUGGGCUGUUCACAUUCCGCCCUUUCGCAGCUGGGUUAAGAAUUUACGGAAACGCAUCGAAAAACAGCUGGAACUGUUGCAUGAACUAAUAUCCGAGCACAAGCAAUAUUUUGACCCACAGAAUCCUCGUGAUUACAUUGAUGCAUUCUUCAACGAAAAGGACAAAUCUGCAACAUUUACCGAUGGUCAACUUUUAAGCAACGUACAAGAUUUAUUUUCUGCGUCGUUUGAAACUACUGCUACAUUUCUGCGUUGGGCCAUGCUGCUGAUGAUCCAUCAUCCAGAGGCGCAAAGAAAGGUCCAGGAGGAAAUCGAUCGGGUUAUUGGACGCUCCGGCUUGAUUAAAUCAAAUGACCGCUCCCGGUUGCCGUAUACAGAAGCCACUAUAUUAGAGAUAUUUCGGUUUGCCAAUUACAUCCCAUUUCUUCUGCCUCAUAAAACGUUGGAGGAUGUGCAGUUUGAAGGCUAUACAAUCAGAAAAGACACUACCAUAAUGGGACUCGGCUGGGUCAUUAAUCGCGAUCCCGCCUUGUGGAAAAAUCCGGAGGCGUUCAUUCCAGAGCGGUUUCUGGAUGACAAGGGAAAUGUCAACCAGUCUACGGCAUCGAACGUGAUGAUCUUUUCUACCGGGAAACGCGUGUGUCCAGGCGAACCGCUAGCUCGCAUUGAAACACUGUUAUUCUUCGGAUCCAUCUUGCAGAAAUUCAACAUUACCGGAGAAGGCAGUGCUAAACCGUCUUUGAGUCGCGUUGAUGGCUUAACUUUGACUCCGGAACCAUACCUGAUGCGAGCCAUUCCACGAAAAUAAUUAUGGUCAGUUUACAGAAACAGCGAAACCAUAGUUUUUACCGGUUUUUUUAUUUAUACCAUUGCGCUUAUCGAAAAUUGACAAAGUGGAGUUGGUUUUGUCGUUUGUGAUUGCGACGACCCGGUGCUGCUGAUUUUUGGAAUGUCAGAAUGUUUUUCGUGAGCUCAUCUUUCAGAUAUUUUUUUAUUCCUAGACUUGAUUGGAAGUUGAAUAGUUUUUGUUAUCGGCUUCUUUCAGCCUGUUCAAAUACAACAGAGUGCAAACGCGGGCAACACCACUAAACUACCAUCGGCACUUAAACUUUCUAAGUAAUUCUUUAUCCUAUUUUGGUCUUUGUCCCGAGAGCGGGUACUUAAAAAUGUUUGUUA